AUUGUGAGUGGUUCGGUAAAGGAAGUAGGAUAAUUAUCACAACAAGAAACAAGCAUUUGCUAACUUCUCAUGGAAUACAUUUGGAUCAUUUGUAUAGAGUUCCAGCUCUCAAGUAUGGUGAAGCUCUUGAACUUUUUAGAAAGCAUGCUUUUCUAAGAAGUCAAAAAAUAGAAAUUAGCAGCAAUCUUGUUGAUAGGGUUUUGCAUUAUGCCGGAGGCCUCCCUUUGGCUCUUGAGGUGUUGGGUUCUUUCUUGUGUGGUAGAGGAGAACAGGAAUGGGUUUGUGCCCUGCAGAAACUUUCUAGAAGUCCUGACAAAAAAAUUAGUGAUGUAUUGAAGGUAAGUUAUGAUGGAUUGGAGGACUAUGUAAAGGAGAUUUUUCUCGAUAUUGCCUGUUUCUUCAAGGGGCGGGAGACAAAGUACAUGAAGAAAGUUCUUGAUGGUUGUGAUUUUGACACGACUAUUGGGGUUGAAAUUCUCAUUGAGCGCUGCUUGAUUAGUAAAGAGGAAGGGACCUUACAAAUGCAUGACUUGAUACAAUUGAUGGGUGUGGAUAUUGUUAAAGGAGAAUGGCGUGAUGAUCCUGGCAAACGCAGUAGGUUAUGGCAUUAUGAUGAUGUUCUUGAGGUUCUAUCAGGAGAUGCGGGAACAGAUGUGAUAAAAGCCAUAGUUUUGAAGCUACCGAAUCUUGAAGAGAUAUACAUUUGUCCCAAUGCUUUCACAAACAUGAGAAAGUUGAGGUUGCUCAUCCUACAUAACGUACAUAAUUCUUUCCAAGGUCCCAUCCAUCUUCCUAAUCAAUUAAGGUGGUUGGAAUGUCAUAAUUGUGCCUUGAUUCUAGAAUUUGGCUAUGGUGCAAAGAAAUUAGUUGGACUCGAUAUGCAAAAUAGCAUGAUCAAGCAAGCGCCGAAAAAUUUGAAGGUACUCAUUCCUCUUUUCAUUACUAAUUCCUGUAUGUAGUAAAUCAAAUUAUGUAUGUUAUUGUCCUGAGGAAAACAUCUACAAUUACUAUAUUCCUUAUACAUAUCAAACCAUCACAUGUAGGCUGGCAAUCUAGUGCAUAGAACCAAUGCAGCUAAAAUCUUCUGUUUGUAAAUAGUCUACCUUAUAAUUGACAACUUGUUGAUCAUAGUCGAAAUACAUAUAUAGCAAAGAUUUCAUUUUUUAUUCUUGUACUUUAACUACUUUC